AUGCUGGCUGUUCAAGACGAAGCAAACCGAUCGGCGGGGAUUCGUCAAGAGCGGGUGGAGGCGUUGGAACGCCAACACCGGGACGAUGUGUGUGCUCUCCAAGCUCAAACGGCACAGGAGCAGCAGUCUCUCCUGGAGGAAUACAGUAAACGACAAGUGCUCCGCGCGGCGGAGAACGCUGAGUUGGUGAAAAAGAAGGACUAUGAGCUGAAGGCGUUAUGUCAAGAAGUGAUGCGCUACGAAAGUCAACUGGAGAAGGCAAAAUAG